AUGAAGAGAAGCCAGCUUACUGAGACGAGGAAGAGAAGCCAGCUUACUGAGACGAGGAAGAGAAGCCAGCUUACUGAGACGAGGAAGAGAAGCCAGCUUACUGAGACGAGGAAGAGAAGCCAGCUUACUGAGACGAGGAAGAGAAGCCAGCUUACUGAGACGAGGAAGAGAAGCCAGCUUACUGAGACGAGGAAGAGAAGCCAGCUUACUGAGACGAGGAAGAGAAGCCAGCUUACUGAGACGAGGAAGAGAAGCCAGCUUACUGAGACGAGGAAGAGAGCCAGCUUACUGAGACGAGGAAGAGAAGCCAGCUUACUGAGACGAGGAAGAGAAGCCAGCUUACUGAGACGAGGAAGAGAAGCCAGCUUACUGAGACGAGGAAGAGACGCCAGCUUACUAGGACGAGGAAGAGAAGCCAGCUUACUGAGACGAGGAAGAGAGGCCAGCUUACUGAGACGAGGAAGAGAGGCCAGCUUACUGAGACGAGGAAGAGAAGCCAGCUUACUGAGACGAAGAAGAGAAGCCAGCUUACUGAGACGAGGAAGAGAAGCCAGCUUACUGAGACGAGGAAGAGAAGCCAGCUUACUGAGACGAGGAAGAGAAGCCAGCUUACUGAGACGAGGAAGAGAAGCCAGCUUACUGAGACGAGGAAGAGAAGCCAGCUUACUAGGACGAGGAAGAGAAGCCAGCUUACUGAGACGAGGAAGAGAAGCCAGCUUACUGAGACGAGGAAGAGAAGCCAGCUUACCGAGACGAGGAAGAGAAGCCAGCUUACCGAGACGAGGAAGAGAAGCCAGCUUACCAAGACGCUACGCUGAGUACGACUGCUCUCUGAAUGUUUCUUGA